UAUACUUUGGCAUGUUGAAUACAAUAAAAAGCUCAUGCAAUGUCCCUCUAAUGACCCAAUGAACCAAGAUAUGAGAUAAAUACGAUUAAGACUCACAACAUUUUAUUACAGGAUUAUCACAGACAAUUCCAUGCCGAUUGAGAGUUGAACAUGAACUUAGCUUGAGGCAAUGUAAUUAGGCCUAAUAAAAUACUUAUUUUGACAAUACAUUAUCUCCAAGCAGUGCAGCAUGUGUGGCGAUAUUAUGCAGCGACUGUGUCAGCACAAUAUGUAGAGCGUGCAGUCCGGGUCCUCUAGUGCUCUCUACCGCUCACUGUACUGUCCAUACAUCAAAAUACUGCUCCAUACAAGUCUCUCUCUCUCUCUCCCUCUCACACACACACACACACUCUCGCUCUCCCUCUCUCUCUUCCUUUAGUCUACUCUAUGCUGACUUUUGAAUUUUCCUCUGCGGGACGCGGGACUCAUUCAUUUGGAAACAGCCUCAUGUGAGCGAGGAGAGAGCACACACCGGGACAUGGAUAUAACUGUCAGGCAUUACACCGCCAACACAUAACCUAGCUUCUGUUCCUGGCGAGUAAAUUUAUAAAGACACCACAGGGCUGUGUCGUUCAUAGAGAAUAUGCAUCUAAAUCGACUUUUUUAUCAGCUGUGCUUUUUGGGCAUGUGUGCCACUGCAGAUACGCAGUCUUCUCAGGAUUCGGAGUUUGAAAUCGUAUUCCCAGAGUUGUUUCCAGACACGAGUCCACCGCCUCCUGAUAAACCAAAUAUCCGAGAGGCUGACGCCAACGCCGGGAGCAGUUCUCGGGAGGUCCGCUCCAUUUCAAAUUGGGAAAGCUACGAAUCGCAUGAACUGUACCACCGGGAACCACCAGGACCGCAAACUAAAGCUGCUUCGGCUCUGCGUCUCAAAAUCCCAGCCUUUGGAAAAGAUCUGGAACUCAUAUUGAAUCGGGAUACGCGUUUCUUGUCCCAGAAAUUCAUGGUAGAGAAGAGACCGAAAGCACGAAAGGCAUCUCCGCGCAACCCGCCAGCUUUCUCAUCUGCCAACGCGGAGGCAGCGUGUUAUUACAGCGGAACUGUUCUCAAUUACGCAGGAUCCAUCGCCUCAUUCAGCACCUGCGCCGGUCUGAUGGGCUUUAUUCAGCUCAAUGAAGAUUUUCUUUUCAUCGAGCCUUUGAAUCACACUCUGGCGGUCACGGGACAUGCCCACCGAGUCUACCGGCGAAGGCGCUCGCUGGCCAAACAGUCUGCGCCCAAAUACUGCGGAGUCAUCCCUGAGAAGCAUAAGAGUAAGAGCAAGAAGCACCAGGAGCCGAGCAGAGGGAAGCGCUACUCCUACAAACUCCAGCAGGAGUACAAUGUGGAGACGCUGGUGGUGGCCGACCCGGCCAUGGUCUCUUACCACGGCUCCGAAGCAGCCAAACGGUUCAUACUCACCAUCAUGAACAUGGUCUUUAACCUGUUCCAACACAAGAGCCUUGGCAUCCAGAUCAAUAUCCGAUUAACCAAACUGGUUCUGCUCUCCGAGACACCACCAGACAUGUACAUAGGGCACCAUGGGGAGAAGAUGCUGGAGAGCUUCUGCCGAUGGCAGCAGGAGGAGUACGGCAGGAAGAGCAUGAUGUCCGACUUCAGUGCCAGAUGGAGAGAUGACCCUCCCUCGGUGGACUCGGCCAUCUUCAUCACGAGGAAGGACUUCUGCGUCCAUAAGGAUGAACCCUGCGACACAGUGGGGAUCGCGUACCUCAGCGGCAUGUGCACGGAGAAGAGGAAGUGCAUUCUCGCCGAGGACAACGGCCUCAGCCUGGCCUUCACCAUCGCCCACGAGAUGGGCCACAACAUGGGGGUGAGCCACGACAACGACCACCCGGCGUGCGCCGACGGCCUCCACAUCAUGUCCGGCGAGUGGAUCAAAGGACAGAACCCGGGAGACGUGUCCUGGUCCACCUGCAGCCGCGAGGACGUGGAGAAGUUCCUCAGGUCCAAGGCGAGCAGUUGUCUGCUGCAGACAGACCCGCUCAGUCUAAACUCGGUCAUCUUGCCAUCCAAACUCCCAGGCGCUGCCUACACGGCCGAUGAGCAGUGUCAGAUCCUCUUCGGGCCGUCCGCCGCACACUGUGAGAAGAUGCAGUAUGUGAUGUGCUCUGGGCUUUGGUGCCACGUGGAUGGAGAGAAGGACUGCAAAACCAAACUGGACCCCCCCAUGGACGGAACUGAGUGUGACACCGGAAAGUGGUGCCGGGCUGGUGAGUGUGUGAGCCGAGUGGUGCCGCCAGAACCAACACCAGGAGUGUGGGCCUCCUGGGGCCCCUGGGGAACCUGCAGCCGGACCUGCGGCAGCGGCAUCAGUGCCCGACAGCGCAGGUGUGAGAGCUCCAGGUCUGGUGGGAAAGGGCAGCAGUGCCUGGGGGCGGGCAUGCAGUACCGGCUGUGUGAGAACCAGCCAUGCCCCGCUGGCACCCCCAGCUUCAGGGAGCAGCAGUGCCAGACAUUCAACCGCCUCGCCCUCAGCUGGUACGCUGUCAUGGACGACGAGAGGCCAUGCACCCUCUUCUGUUCCUCCUCUGGUAAAGAGCAGCCCAUGCUAUUAGCCGAGAAGGUCCUGGAUGGCACCUCAUGUGGAACCCUGGAAUCUGGCAUCUGUGCCAAUGGAACGUGUCAGAAAGUGGGGUGUGAUGGUAUCCUGGGCUCCCUGGCCAGAGAAGACCACUGUGGCGUCUGCAAUGGGAACGGCAAGUCCUGCAAAGUCAUCAAGGGGGACUUCAACCACACUCGCGGAACAGCAGGUUAUGUGGAAGCAGUGGUCAUCCCUAAAGGCCGGAGAAUACGUGUGGUGGAGGAGAAGCCAGCACAGAGUUACCUGGCACUGAAGGAUGCCGGCAAGCACUCGAUCAACAGCGACUGGAAGAUCGAGCACCCGGGCACGUUCAACAUCGCCGGCACCACCGUUCACUACGUCCGCCGGGGACUCUGGGAGAAGAUGUCUGCCAAGGGGCCCACCACUUCCCCUCUGCAUCUUAUGGUGCUGCUCUUUAAUGACCAGAACUACGGGAUCCACUACGAGUACACCAUUCCAGCCGACCCCAGUCCAGAGCCCAAGGCGCCACCGGUACCCCGGCCUAGUGAGCCGCUCUUCAUGUGGACGCACUCGGGCUGGGAGGACUGUCAUGCGGUGUGUGGAGGAGGUGAAAGGAAGACUAUUGUCGCUUGCACCAAAAUUGUCAACAAAACAAACAGUGUGGUGGACAGCCGUAAGUGUCGUCACCUGACCAAACCGGAGCCCCAAGUGCGCAAGUGCAACGAGCAGCCCUGCCAAACAAGGUGGAUGACGACGGACUGGACGGCCUGCUCGCGCACCUGUGGGAAGGGCUCCCAGAACCGGCAGGUGGCCUGCACCCAGCAGCUGCCCAACGGCACGCAGGUCAAGGCCCGAGACCGUGACUGCGCUGGCCAAAAGCCGGCCGCCUUGCAGCGCUGCGAGGGCCAGGACUGCCUGACCGUCUGGGAGGCGGGUGUGUGGUCCGAGUGCUCAGCCAAGUGCGGGCAGGGAGCGCGGCAUCGCCUGGUGAAGUGCACCAACCCACGUAAGAAGUGUGACCUGAGUACGCUCCCACGCGAGGUGGAGGAGUGCGAGGACUACUCCAAGUGCUACAUCUGGAGGACUGGGGACUGGGCCAAGUGCUCUGUCACCUGCGGGAAAGGAAUGCAAUCCCGAGUCAUCCAAUGCAUGCACAAGAUCACCGGGCGCCACGGCAACGAGUGUUUUUCGUCUGAGAAACCAGCUGCGUACCGACCCUGCCAGCAGCAGCCCUGCAACGAGAAGAUCAACGUCAACACCAUCACCUCGCCGCGUUUAGCUGCCCUGACGUUUAAGUGCCUGCGGGACCAGUGGCCGGUGUACUGCAAGGUCAUCCGGGAGAAAAACCUCUGCACGGACAUGCGUUGGUACCAGCGCUGCUGCGAGACGUGCCGGGACUUUUACGCACAGAAAAUGCAGCAGAAGAGUUGACCUGCACUCCCCCUACUUCCCGCAGUCCCCAACCCAUCUCCCCUCCACACCCUCAGACAGAAAGGUUCUCCGCUUGUCCCCUUUAAAGGAACCCUGGUUGGUUCUGGCUAGAACCAUCUGGUGAACAGCUGAUUGUUGAAGGAUGGAGGCCCUUGUUUUGGGUAUCAGCUGCAAUAGUUAAGAGAUAUUGAACAACUUGUCUUGUCAGGAAACUCUUAGAGCUCCAGCAACCUUAAGAGUUGCGACAGUGUAAGUUGAACGUAAAAUUGGACCUGUAAGGGUUUUGCGAUCGGCACAAGCCAAAUGAGCCUGUUGUUCUGGGAGUGUGGGGAUGAAAACACAUCUAGCCUUUUGGACUAGCGCUUGGCAUUUAGUUACUAUGUUGUUUGCGAUCUUCAUUCAAAGAGUGUAUGCACUGCCUUUAGGGUCAGUACCACUCGUGUCUAAUGUAAGCUCAUAUUAUUUAUCAUGGAAGUAUUUCAGUAGUGUUGAAUGUUUCCUCUCAAAGUAAAAAUCCAGUCCAUGUACACUUGUCCAAACAGCUAGAUAGUCUUUGUGACUAUGUCACAAUGUACAAUGUGUUGUACAAAGGAUGCUUUCUGAUAACCCCAAUAUAGCAAUGAAGUUAUGUCAUAUAAAGUUCUGAUUGGCUGAGAUGAGUGAGUGACAUCAUUUUAUGAUAACGCCGUUCUGACUGUGUACCAUUGUAAGCAAGUCUGCCUGUUUGUUUUGUGCAUAGGUGCAGGACACCAGUGCCAGUGUUCCUUCUGUAGAAGGACGUCACACAGUCUUAUGGGUUAGAAAAACACAGGCCUACUCACAAACAAAUUGGGUUUUCGGCGAAAGUGCCAACAUAAAUUUCCUUUAGGAAACCAAUUAUUCUACCAAAGGAAUGCCAUUGUUUAUUACAUAUAACUAAUCCACCACUGAUUGAUGGCAGUAAAUACACAUGAAAAAUACAUUGUAAGCUAUACUCAGCCACUGGAUCUGACUUCUCCUGAGACCAAAUGCCAAGCACUAGGGUCAUCUCACCCUCCUCCUCCCUUAUUUAUGACAGAUGCACUUCUCAAUGACGCAUCACACAGAACUCACCUGAUACGAACCACACCACAGGUAAAAAGCACUGUUAUUUAUGUAUAUAUUUUAUACAAAAGAAAGCUUGGUUCUUUAGCUAUGCAUAUGGGUAAGCAGGUGAUACCAGUAGCGAGCACAUCAAGACAAAUAGCUGAACAUCUGUGUUACUUGUUUGGAUCACGACAAUCCAUUGGUUCACUAGUAAUCAUGUAUACUGUAAAGUUUGUUAUGUUUUAGUUUCAGAAUACUGAAUUGGUGCUAACGUUUGUGUUUUUGUUUAUUUGUUUUUCUUUUUUGCAUAUAUUUUUGUCAUCCAUACAGUAUAUGUAUACUUUAUAGCAUUGCAUUUGAUGGAAAUAAUCUAAAGGUGCCAGUUCUUUGAGGGUUUGAUAUUGUGAUUCAAAGGACAGCCUGGCAAACUUUGCCAUAUUUGCAUUUAAUUAUGUCACAUCGACUGGAAGAAUUUAAUGGAAAUGAUAGGUCAUAUUCUGAAUCAAUAUAGACUGAUUAAAUUUAAUCAAACACAAACGCCCUCUCUCAGUGCAAAGCCAUGCCAUCGAAGGGGCUUAAUUCAGCCUUAACUGAUAAUAUCGCUCAAUAAUCCGACUCUUCCGUGGCAUGACAAACCACUAUUAUCAAUGUGUAAUUCAGCUCUGUAAAGUUUUAAAUUUCCCUGAGUUAUCUAUCAAAUGGGGCAUUUCAACCAUUUCACACAAGUUUGAUUUCUAACACGCACAUUAUUUUUCAAACAAUUAUCUCUCAUUUCAUGCCUCGUUGGUUGCCAUGCAUCAUUUUAAAUUGCAAUGUGGUUAAUUCAACAGCCUUGCUAACAACAGGAACCAAAAAUAGUGCUACUUUGUCAGUGAAAAGGGCUUAAGGAGAAGAACUUUUAGUCCUCAGUUUCUGCUAGGUGCUAUCACACAAUGUCUAUAAUCACUGUAAUAUAUGGGAUGCAGUUUGUAAAACAUUGCACAUUAUUUUAUCCAGCACAGUUUUUGCACAUGUAAUAUUGCCAAAUGUAAAAGAAAUGCACUACAAUUUUAAACUGUAACUUUUUUCAUACAGUACAUGUUUAGGAAAAUUGCUGCAAAUCUGCCAAGCAUAGUAUUUAUGAAAGAAUAUUAAAUGUGCAAAAUCUGUGGAGGAUAGAACAAUGUACAGUGUUUUACAAACAGCUCCCCAUGGCAACAUAAUGAUCUGAAAACAAAUGUACAGUGUAAACUGAUCAUUUGAAAACAACAUGUUGGCACUUUCACCACUGGUUUUGAGAUCGACAUUUGAAAUGAAAUUGCCUCAUUUAGUUUCACGUAUACAUGUAGCCAACAUCUGCACAUGCUUCAGAAGUUUGAUUGUACAUGAUUAUACUGACAAAAAAUUACCAUUAGUUUAAAUAAACAACAUUGAUUUUUUCUAAUUAUAAUAAAAGCAUUUGCAUUAGAAAAUCAACCACACAUCACAUUCAUUAGAUAUAUAAAGCAAAACACGUUGAACGCCAAACAAAAAACUUUCUGUGCCAGCUGAAAUAAAUCUGACAAUUUAUUGUUCAAAAUCAAUUUUGACUAUAAAUUAAAAAUAUAUAUAUAUAUAUAAAAUAUAUUUAGAUGCUUAACAUUCAACUCAGUUUAUCUCAAUUCCUCUAGAAUAAACAUUGAAAUGUACCUUGCUCUUGUUUCCGUGCUAUCUUUUCCUAACUUGCACCCAAAUGGGCCUUUUCCAAAGGCCAACUGCAUCCCAUUUCUUCCCAGAAAGGGUAACUGGCAUAUGAAAAGAUUUUACCCCACCACAUUUGGGUAAGCUCAGUGGUUAGGAGUGAAAAAUGAUCCAAUUUUGUCUGUGGCCAUCAGGUUCAUCUUCAGAGGGGUUUCAGUUUUUUAGCUCUCUUUCCUAAUGUGCUGUGUAGAAUCAAGAUUGAGAUUUCCAGGUACCUUCACCCUCUAUACAAAUGCUAUUGUCUAUCUUGGCCUUUUUUCUGUCCCCCCCACAAUGCUCCAUUUCAUAUUAUUACUGUACAGCUUUACAUAAUAAAGUUCUCAUGGUCAGUCAUACUACCAUUCAAUACAACACGGUGCUAUAUAUACACAAAAGUUUUUUAUAUGUACUGUAUGUUGAAUAAUGAAUAUAUCAUAUAAUGAAAAUCUGCUGUGAUGCUCCUUAGUAGUGUCACAUGAUAACUGUAAUUUAUGACUGAGUUUUGCAGGCAUUAUGACAGGCUGGUGCAGAGAAAGUGUACUGUAAUUGAUUUUUCUCGGCCAUGUUUUGUAUGUGUGUCCUCUAGUAGUACUGUUGGAGGCCACAUUGCCCAUUGACUGUCUGUAUUUUUGUAUUUUUAUUAUUAUUUUACAGUACAGCGGUGUUAUACAAGCUACAAGCUGCUUCUUUCUUUCUUUUUUUUUACUGGGUUGGCAUUUUUGUUCUGCUGCACAUGAAACAAUAGAGUUCACUUGACAUGCAAAUGUGUAUCUGUCAUUUCAAAAAUGUCAAUUGUCACCCUGUACUUGAAGAGGAAAAAGAAAAAUGGAGAAUUUUUUAUUUUUUUGAGGGGGGGAAGAACACUGUACAUGUUAACACUGAUUUGCUUUAGGUCUGAUGGAGGCUUUUCAGUGCCAUCAGUUCUGCCAAGUCUACAGCGUUUUAUUGUUGCUCAAUAUUCUCCGCAUCAGAUGCUCAAUUAGAAAUAUUGGAUCUGUGCUUUCAAAAAAGAACAAGAACGUUGCAUUGAAAUUUAUUCUCUGCUGUUCAAGCUUGCCACAACUGAGGACCGUGGUUUCUCAUAACUAAAUGUACGAAGCAAUGCCUCACACAAUACAUAUUAUAUAUAUAAGAUAUUGCCACAAUGUUGUCUGUCUGUGAGUUAUGUAUGAGUCACAUGCUGUUGUUUU